AUGGGACCAAUAUGUACACAAGUAAAAUCUGUUGAUGAACUCAUAGCAAAAGUUUUCCCAAAUCUUCCCGAAAACUAUCAAAAUCACAGGUGGCUGUGUGAAAGAGCAACAUUAGCUCCAAAGAACAAUGUUGUCAAUGUCAUCAACACACAGCUGUUGCAGCAGAUAACUGGUAAUACCCAGUGCUACAAUUCAGUUGACUCGGUGCCUGAUCAAACCCAAGUGGUCAACUAUCCCCCAGAGUUUCUGAAUUCACUUGAACCUCCAGGAGUCCCACCACAUUGUCUCAGUCUAAAAGUAGGAGCACCAAUCAUGGUACUCCGAAAUUUGGAUUCACCACUUCUGUGCAAUGGAACAAGACUGGCAGUAAAGAAGCUUAUGCCCCAUGUUAUUGAAGCUACAAUACUUUCUGGAUGUGGCAAGGGUGAAGAUGUUUUCAAUCCUAGAAUCCCACUGACUCCCACUGAUACGCCAUUUGAGUUUAAAAGACUACAGUUUGCCAUUCGCUUAAGCUUUUACAUGUCCAUCAACAAAUCGCAAAGUCAGACAUUGAAGGUAACUGGCUUGCAGUUGGAAGAGCCAUGCUUCUCUCAUGGACAGCUCUAUGUUGGAUGCUCACGUGUUGGAAACCCCAAAAAAAUAUUUAUGUAA